CUCGUAGUUGUUUUUCUUUGCUCCCAUCUUCCCAUCUCUCUCACGAAGAAUAUUAAAAAUGCAAUUUUUCCGAAAAAUCGGAUUUGCCACUUUUCUCCUCGUCGCACUCUUUACCAAUUCUUUACUCCCUGCUGUCGAUUCAACACCGGAACCGGCCACCGCCGGCGAGGACCCGGUUCCAACCCCAUGGCCGCCGCAAUUCCACUCGGUCCUCUUCAUGAACAACUCGAAAGGGACACUGCAAAUGCUGGACCUCUGGUAUGACUGGCCCAACGGAAGGAACUUUAACAUAAUAAAGAACCAGCUGGGGAAGCUGCUCUAUGACUUGGAAUGGAACAAUGGGACUUCCUUCUAUUACACUCUCGACCGGAACCAGGAGUGCCGGACCCUUCAUUUCCCGGUGGGAAUUCUCAGACCUAAUUGGCUUGAUGGGGCUAACUAUCUCGGCCAGAAACACAUGGAUGGGUUUCUGUGCAAUGUCUGGGAAAAAGUUGACUUCAUUACGUAUUAUGAGGAUGUUGCUACCAGAAGACCUGUUUAUUGGGCUUUUUACACAGGAAUGUAUGGGCAUGUGAUGACAUUUGAAGUGGGAAAAGUGCUGGAUGACCCUAAUUGGCAAGCUCCUGCCUACUGCUUCAAGAAGAACUCCACACUUCAACCCUAUCUUGCUGCCCCCAAUGCUGAUGGGAGACUCACUAGAGCAGCCUUUCUUGCCUCUCAGUCACUCUAGCUGUAUUACUUGAAUGGACCUUGUUUUCCCUUUACCGCUUCUCUCCUCUUGCUUAUAUUCUUCACCUUAAACAAAUGUUCUCAUCCAGAGAGUGCUCUUUCUUGUUUGUCUUCAUGAGAAUCUAUUGGACUAAGACUUGGAUAUUGUUGUUGUAUAAAAAUCAAUGUCCAGACUCCAUGUGGCAUGGAUUAGUGGAGGGUGAAACGCUGUAUUUUUAGGGCAUUGGGUUUUCCUUA